AUGGCAACCAAUCAAACAAAAGUUUGGGUAGAUGGCUGUUUCGAUCUGUUUCAUUAUGGCCAUGCAAAUGCGAUCCGACAAAGCCGAGCAAUGGCUGAUUGGCUAGUAGCAGGAUGCCACUCGGAUGAAGCGAUUUCUGAGAACAAAGGACCGCCUGUGAUCACGCAAUCUGAAAGAGUCAAGCUGCUCCAGGGAUGUAGAUGGGUGGAUGAAGUGAUUCCAGACGCACCCUAUACGACUCAAGUCGAGUUCAUUGCCAAAUACGGGAUCCACUUCGUUGCUCAUGGGGAUGACGUCACCACCGACGCCAACGGCUUGGACAGCUAUCGACUGGUGAAGGAAGCCGGACUCUAUCGCCAGUUUCCUCGUACACCUGGGGUCUCCACCACCGAUGCACUGGCCCGGAUCUUAAACCCAUCGGAAUCAAGCACAUCCACCUCCGAUUCAGAACCUGAGGGUUUGGCCAUCAACAUAUCAGUUCUCAAUGCGUUUUUGAACUCGGCCUCCUCGGGAACACCUCCCCCCUUGAAAGUCUUGAAAUCAGCCGCUACCGAAUCGUUUACGGUUCGUGAACCCACUAUCCGCUCUUAUGGGCAUACCCUGGCUCUCGUCCGCCAACUAGAACGUCCAACGGUCUAUCUCCAUGGAACGUUUGAUCUGUUUUCCUCUCGCGACCUUCUUCAAUUCCAAAACGCCUGUCAAGACGGCAAAUUGGACUUGCUUGUCGGAAUUUGGAGUGAGGAUGAUGUCAACGAAAAACUAGGAAAGAAAUGUAUUUGGAGUUUUCAGGAAAGGGCUCUUGGGGUGUUGCAAUGCCGGUACGUUACAGGCCUUGUAGUUCCAGCAAUCCCGUCUACAGAGCUCCUCAAACAUCAAUCGGAGAUCCCCGCCAACAAACUCUUGACAAGGUCGAUCAUUCAAGAGGCCAAGUUUUGCCCGGAUUCCUCUGCCGAAACGAUUGCUUCGAUCUUAGACCGAAAAGAAGAAUUCCUCGCCAGACAGGAGCGCAAGCUAUCUAAAUCAAUCUUGGAAAAUCAGUUGGAAAAUCAGAAUCCAAUCAAAUCACCCUGA